GAGAGAGAGAGAGAGAGAGAGAGAGAGAGAGAGAGAGAAACUGUCGAGACGACAGGCAAAGUAGAAGCACAAGUUUCCUUCUCUCUCUUUCUCUCAACCAAGUGGGGAAGAUAUAAUAAUCUCUCACACAUUAUCUAUUCGUUACUCUCUCUUUCUCUAUUACCUCUCAUUUAACACAACCAAAAAGAGUCUUUUUUUUUCCUUCUCUUCUUCUGGGGAGAGAGCUCUAAUGGCGAACUUGGUCUUAUCAGAAUGUGGCAUAAGACCUCUCCCCAGAAUCUACACCACACCCAGAUCCAAUCCCCUCUCUAACAUCAACAAACCCAUCUUCAAUUUCAGACCAUCACCUUCUUCCUCCACCACAUCGUCUUCUCUCGCUUUUCGUCUGAAUUCACGAGAUGCGUUCUUCACGAGGAAUUGGGCUUUGAAUGUGAGCACGCCUCUAACAGUCGAGACUCCAAUCGAGGAGGAACACGAGACGCAGAGAUUCGACCCAGGCGCGCCUCCUCCGUUCAAUUUAGCGGAUAUUAGAGCUGCUAUACCUAAGCAUUGCUGGGUUAAGAAUCCAUGGAAGUCGAUGAGUUAUGUCGUCAGAGACGUCGCCAUCGUCUUCGCAUUGGCUGCUGGAGCUGCUUACCUCAACAAUUGGCUUGUUUGGCCUCUCUAUUGGCUCGCUCAAGGAACCAUGUUCUGGGCUCUCUUUGUUCUUGGCCAUGACUGUGGACAUGGUAGCUUCUCAAAUGAUCCGAGGUUGAACAGUGUUGUGGGUCAUCUUCUUCAUUCUUCAAUCCUGGUCCCUUACCAUGGCUGGAGGAUUAGCCACAGAACUCAUCACCAGAACCAUGGACAUGUUGAGAACGAUGAAUCUUGGCAUCCUAUGUCGGAGAAAAUCUACAAGAGUUUGGACAAACCGACUCGAUUCUUUAGAUUUACACUGCCUCUCGUGAUGCUCGCCUACCCUUUCUACUUGUGGGCUCGAAGUCCAGGGAAAAAGGGUUCUCAUUACCAUCCGGACAGCGACUUGUUCCUCCCUAAAGAGAAAAAAGAUGUCCUCACUUCUACUGCUUGUUGGACUGCAAUGGCUGCUCUGCUUAUCUGUCUCAACUUUGUUAUGGGUCCAAUGCAAAUGCUCAAACUCUAUGGAAUUCCUUACUGGAUAAAUGUAAUGUGGUUGGACUUUGUGACUUACCUGCAUCACCAUGGUCAUGAAGAUAAGCUCCCUUGGUACCGUGGGAAGGAAUGGAGUUACUUGAGAGGUGGGCUUACAACAUUGGAUCGUGACUACGGGUUGAUCAAUAACAUCCAUCACGACAUUGGAACUCAUGUGAUACAUCAUCUUUUCCCCCAGAUUCCACAUUAUCAUCUAGUAGAAGCAACAGAAGCAGCUAAACCAGUAUUAGGGAAGUAUUACAGGGAGCCCGAUAAGUCUGGACCUUUCCCAGUACACUUGCUGGAAAUUCUCGCAAAAAGUAUUAAAGAAGAUCAUUUUGUGAGUGACGAAGGAGAUGUUGUAUACUAUGAAGCAGAUCCCAAUCUCUAUGGAUAAAUCAAGGUGAGAGCAGAUUGAAAUGAAGCAGGCAGAGAGAGAGAGAGAGAGAAGCUGUGAAAAUCUUCUACUCCUGACCAGCUGAUUCGAUACUGAAGCUAUAUAUAUUUAAGAUACAUUGCAUUGUCGUAGAUUCAUGCUUCUUAAAGUUUUAUGUAUAUUUUGUAUUUGGAUGAUAAAACCAAACAUUUUCAGUUUUGAUUAGUUUUGUAUUUUAAGGAUAGUUUCAAUAAUCAUUUCUGAAGAAUGUUUAUCUU